UCCCCUCCGCCUCCUCGCCUCCCGCCCGCCGGCUCCUGGGAAAGCCGAGCCGCCGCAGCGGGUGGCAGAGACCGGCUCUGGGCGCCUCCGGGAGGAGACCGCGCCCGCCCCCACGGAGCCCCGGAGCGCGGCCGCACCAGGAGGACAGUUGUGAGGCCAGUGCACUUUUGACUCAAUGGGGAUAAAUGGGUUGCAAAAUGUCAUCCUAUGCUUGAGAUCUACAGACUACAUGUCCUACAAGAAAUAACCAAUGGUUUUUCAUCUACUGGAGAUAUAUUAGAAACAUAAAUAUGGUGCCAAAAGAACUCCUUAUGUUUCCCUGACUACGAUUUAUUUGGAGAUGCAUUUGUAUUGAAGAGAGGUAUACACCGUAAGGCUACUUGUUGUACAGAGACUUGUGUAGGAUCAUGGACCAUCCUAGUAGGGAAAAGGAUGAGAGACAACGGACAACUAAACCCAUGGCACAAAGGAGUGCACACUGCUCCCGACCGGCGGGCUCGUCAGCAUCCUCUGGGGUUCUUAUGGUGGGACCCAACUUCAGGGUUGGCAAGAAGAUAGGGUGUGGGAACUUCGGAGAGCUCAGAUUGGGUAAAAAUCUUUACACCAAUGAAUAUGUAGCAAUCAAACUGGAACCAAUAAAAUCACGUGCUCCACAGCUUCAUUUAGAGUACAGGUUUUACAAACAGCUUGGCAGUACUGGUGAGGGUCUCCCACAGGUUUAUUACUUUGGACCAUGCGGGAAGUACAAUGCCAUGGUGCUGGAGCUGCUUGGCCCUAGCUUGGAGGACUUGUUUGACCUCUGUGACCGAACAUUUACUUUGAAGACGGUGUUGAUGAUAGCCAUCCAGUUGCUUUCUCGAAUGGAAUAUGUGCACUCGAAGAAUCUCAUCUACCGAGAUGUCAAACCAGAGAAUUUCUUAAUUGGCCGACAAGGCAAUAAGAAAGAGCAUGUUAUACACAUUAUAGACUUUGGACUGGCCAAGGAAUAUAUUGACCCUGAAACCAAAAAACACAUACCUUACAGGGAGCACAAAAGCUUAACUGGAACUGCAAGAUACAUGUCUAUCAACACGCAUCUUGGCAAAGAGCAAAGCCGUCGCGAUGAUUUGGAAGCUCUAGGCCAUAUGUUCAUGUAUUUCCUUCGAGGCAGCCUGCCCUGGCAAGGACUCAAGGCUGAUACAUUAAAAGAGAGGUAUCAAAAAAUCGGCGACACCAAAAGGAACACUCCUAUUGAAGCUCUGUGUGAGAACUUUCCAGAGGAGAUGGCGACCUAUCUUCGAUACGUCAGACGGUUAGACUUCUUUGAAAAACCUGACUAUGAAUAUUUACGGACCCUCUUCACAGACCUGUUUGAAAGGAAAGGCUACACCUUUGACUACGCCUAUGAUUGGGUUGGGAGGCCUAUUCCUACUCCAGUAGGGUCAGUUCAUGUAGAUUCUGGUGCAUCCGCAAUAACUCGAGAAAGCCACACACACAGGGAUCGGCCAUCGCAACAGCAGCCUCUUCGAAAUCAGAGUUCUGAUCGCCGAGGAGAGUGGGAAGUCCAGCCCAGCCGGCAGACCAAUACCUCAUACCUGACGUCUCACUUGGCUGCAGACCGCCAUGGGGGAUCGGUGCAGGUGGUUAGUUCAACCAAUGGAGAGCUGAAUGUCGAUGACCCCACAGGAGCCCACUCCAACGCGCCAAUCACAGCUCAUGCCGAGGUGGAGGUAGUGGAAGAAGCUAACUGCCUGAAAAUGCUCAACCUGUGGUGCUGCUGUUUCUUUAAGAGGAAAAGGAAGAAGACUGCUCAGCGCCACAAGUGACCAGUGCCUCCCAGGAGUCCUCAGGCCCUGGGGACUCUGACUCUAUUGAACCUGCAGCUCCUGCCAUUUCUCAUUGGAAGGGACUCCUCUGUGAGGGAGGGUAGAGAUCCAAACCAAAAAGAAGAAAGCAGAUGCCCCCAGCAGGAGCCCAUGGGGGGCCCAGUGGGUCAAGGGUUGUCCCACCUGCUGCCGAAGGCUCUGAGCAGGUCCCAGAGCUGCUGCUCCUCCAUGGCUUGCCCUUGGGGCCACCUGGUCGACCCUCCUUCCCAUUGUUUACAGUGAAGGUGUCAUUCACAAAAACUCAAGGACUACUGUUCUCUUCCCUCCUCUUAGUUUACUCCUGGGUCUUGCCCCUACCCUUAGCCCUCUCCAGCAUAAAAGCUAUGGAGCUAAAGGCUUUGCCUGUGGAAGCGCAAAAGGCUGGGGUGAAUGAAGGCCCAGAAAGUAAGAGGAAGAAGCAGACCUGGGCUGGGGAGGACAUUCUCCAUCCCCAAAUGUGUCUGGCAGUACGGCUUCCUCUUCCCCAUGGCCUGCCAGCCUCCAGCAGGCUCAGGCUUCGCCUCCCUCCCUCCUGUGAAGUUACACUGUAGGACGCCAGCUGUAAGAAAUCCUGAGUCUACUGUCCCUUGUUGGCGUUCUUAGCUUUCUUGACAAAGCAGAUGCUUUCCUCCAGGUGGUAGCAGGACAAUGCAGAUUGUUCUGAAGCAAAGGAAAGAAAACUGACUUUAUUGCACUUUUAGUUGUUUGAGGGUAUUUUUUUUUUAAACAAACAAACAAAAAAAAAUGGGGCAGAUGCAUAUUGUGUCUGGUUAUAUUGGGGGUUUUACUUUUUUCUUGUUUGAGGGGGAUGGGGUCAGCCAAGCCAUUGACAGAGAACAUGGGUUCAGAGGACAUUCUCACUGGAAAGUCUGCUCUGCAGCACACAGACAAGAAGAAGCCAAACUCUAUGCCAUCCUGAGUCGACACUCGGGCUGGCAAGGAAACAUACUUGAAUUUUCAUUCAUCUUUUCAACUGCUGAAGAAUGUCCCCACCAGAGCCUCUUGACCUAAAGAGCCUACAGUUUGAACCCGUGGCUCUGCAGGCCAUGGGAUAAGCGGGCUGAGCCGGGCUGUGACCUGGCAACAGCUCCUUCCAGAGAAUGGAAUGCUUAACAGCAGCAGCUCAACAACGGUGAACAACAACAAAAUCCCAAAUGUCUGUGUCCUCCACUGCCAGGGACUUCCAACUAGAUAGCCAUGUGACUUUCUGGUGACUUGAGAGGCAAAAUUUGUGAUAAUAUAGCCACUACCAUAUUGCCACUAGUGGACAAAAAGGACAUUAAGCCUGCCUUCCAACUGCCAGAGAAGCCUCAGGGUGUGGCAUACUAGGGCCGGAAAGAGAAAGCUGGUGUGUCCUCUGUGCCCCAGUAGCUGAGUUGUAGCAUGUGGGCUGGCCUGCCUUUAUAGAACCCAGGCCCCCAAAGACGACCUCCCAGCUGGUAGCAGGCUGAGGACUCAAUAACUGGGGCGGCAGUGAACAGAUGGGUAAGAUUGAUUGGUGCUGGAAAAUUCCAGGGAAAAGGAAACAAAAAUGAAACAUUGGAAAUUACCUUCUCACUUGGACCUAGUGAGUCCUUGGGGAUAAGGUGGCCAUGCAUGUUUUCCCCAGUACAACCUCCAUGUCCCACUGUUGUGUGUUCACCCGAUGUACCACCAUGCUUUGUCACUCACGGUUUGAAAAAGUGGUGCAUAGAGUUACUCUUCUCAUAUUCAUUUUCAUUUUCUGGUGACUUAGCCAAAUAGUGACAUGCCAGAUGUGGCAGAGAGAAAAACUCAUUACCAUCAGGGAACCAGACAUCUGGGAGUACAGAGUUAAUCGUAAAGUGCAGUGACGAAUGACUUAGUCUGGUGGCUCAUGGUGUACAUAAAUCUUUAGACCUAUGACUUGAGGUGUAGGGCUGUCUUAAAAAAAAAAAAAAACUGGAGGUUUUGGUAGUACUUUCUGGUGAUUGGCAUUUCCUAACAAGUCCUUGACAUAACUUGCAGAAAUAGUAUCAUUUGCAUCAUUUCCCUGACUUCCAACCUACUUAGUCUGCAUCACAUAAGGAUUGUAGUCUGUCAGUUUUUCAGGAGACGUGUUUCUGUUAAUGAGACAGAAUAGAAUAGCAAGAAUGUUGGGUUUGCCUCCUUUCCUUUACCUAGUGGUUGGAGUGCCACCACUGACGUCUGGCACAUGUAGGUAACUCCAGGUAUUUGUAUAGAAACUUGAACUUCUUCAUACCUGUGUAGAAGAUGGUUUUUCUCUAAAGGAGGUCAGGGGCAAACUGUGAUGCAGCCAGAAACAUCCUGCCAUUCAGUGCCCCACUAAGUGCCUCUCCUAUUCCACUUUUACAAAACCACAAAGGCAGUUACCAGUUUUUGUCUUAUAACUUAACAUUCUUUGAUGAAUUUGAUCCCAAGCAUGUGGGGAGAGGGUCCUUGCUACUGCACUUUUUUCACCCUCCAGUCCCCACAAAUCUAUUAUGAGGGAUUUGGUGUUCAUAACAUAGGUGAAGAGUUGCAAGUCCCCACAGCAUAUAAGGAACGAUGGUCCUGCAGGUGACACUCCAUGGUGGGUAGACCCAGACUAGGGAGGUGCUCUGAUGUCAUCCUUAAAAUUAAGCAAAGAGCAAAUCUCCAAAGUUGAGAGUACUCCAACAGUGACAUCAGGGCUGUUGCAUUGCUGUGUACACAUUGGUUCUGUCCCCAAGAUCUCUGCAGACUGUUCCACAAGAGCAGACAGAGCAUCCCAACAGUGUGUGUGCGUGACUGUUAUCUGGGGUCUGUCAUGAAAGGAAGUUACCAGUCAAGUAAUGAGGUGAGCUGCAGUCGAAAAUCCAUUUCACUUUAGAUUGUGUGAGCCAUACUGCACAGCAGGACUAUAUCUCUUAACUUCCGAUGUACAUCAGUGGAAAUGGACACUGGUAGUGCAUGUUCAAGUGUUGCUUUUCAGUGUCAGCAAUCCCUUUCUAUUCCAGAAAUAGAGAACAAUGGCAGUGUUUUCUCUGUGGUUGCUGAAGGUCAUAGCCUUAACUUGUCUUAUGCAAAGGGUGUAGUUGGUUGCCCCAUCCCACUGGGCUAGGACAUCCAGCGCUCCUUGGCAGGCUAGGAAACAUCUCCUCACAGCAUCUUGAUCUUGUGAUACAUCUUGCCCAAGCCUGCUUGCCUUCUACAGCCCAGCCACUGUUUUAACAUUUCUGUAUCUAAACCAGUUUUUCUGCCCGUUGAGUUGGCCCUGACAACUUUGACUCCAGUUUCAGAACCAUGUUGUGGGUAGAGUUUCUUAGAUCAGGAACCUUCAGCUCCCUUGUAUCCAACAUUGCCUUUGCUGGCCACUGCCACCAUUCCCACCCUUGGCACCAAGUGACAUGAGUUCCAGAAGCCCUCAGGGAGCCAGAUAAUUAGGUGCCCCAUCUGGAUUAACCCUGUGCCUGUCAGGCACUUCCUCUGUGGUUCUUGCUUCUGCAGUCCCAGUCGGUCAGUGGCUCCAGUCUUCCUCAGAAUGGGUUGGUAGGAAUCAAACAGUGUUGGAUUUGGAUUUGGGCCUGGCUUGGACUUUUUGAAGGGGUUGGUAGUUUUGUUUCUGAGUAAGAAGAGAGGUAACCAUAGCCCUUCUGUGGGUUUAUAGACUUUGGACAAUGUUUUAGCCACAAAUCUUGGAGGUCUUUGGUGCAGUAAGCAGUCUUUAAAGAUAGGUGUUUCCUAACUCCUUUUACAGGUGACUAAGUGCAAAAGAAUAGGUUUUUCAUUGUAGUUGAAAUAGUAACUAGAUUCCCUGCAUAUAGGUAAUAGUAGUUUACAUACUUUCUUAAAAAGCAACCAGGAAAACCCACUCCAGUAUUUGUAAAUCAGCUUAUAAAGGAAGACGUGAACAUGUACUCCAUGUAUUUCUAGCUUGAUUACCAAACAAGGUUUAUUAUAAAGAAAGCUUAGUUGUGUGGACAGAAUUUCUUGGAUUGCUUUUCUUUUAUUCCUCACAAUCACUUUUCUGGUGCCAUUACCCACCACCUGGCAGUGCAGUGCAGGCGCUGCAGUCACCAGAGGAGAGCUGUCCCGACCAGCCCCCAAAGCUCUCUUUCAGGGUGGGUGAGACAUCUUCCAUGUUCCUCUCCAUGAGCUCCGGACUAAAUCCCAAGUCAACCUGUGCGCCAAACGGUUUUUUUAAAGUUGUGUUCAUCGGUUAGGAGUGUCUCAGGAAUGAUGAGCCAUUUCUGGGUGGGAAUAAAUUCACAGAUGGAGGUGUGUGACUCUGUGUGUGUGUGUGUGUGUGCUCAUCUGUGUGUGCAUUCCACUUCCAUUAAGACUUAACAGCCCAGGCUGCUGGGAACCGGAUGUUCCUGAGUAUUCUGAGGUGAACAGGUGACAAAUAAACUUCUUGACUUAGUAUCUCAUCAUGCUGGCUCUGGGAGUGAGCCCAUUUAUCAAGAAGAGAAGAAUAACAGCAGAAAAGAGAGAUGAAACCAAAAAUAUGAAACCCCACCCACCCACCCAUGGAAAAUAAUGUCGAUUCAGUAAUUCUCAUUGGGUAUAUUACAUGCUCUAAUUUAUUAUUAUUUGUUUCUUUAAUCCUUGCCCAUUGUAUUCUUAAAAAAUGUUGGGAUGUUGAUUGCAAUUUUUAAAAACUAGAUAAUGUACAAAUCAGCUGUGGAAAUCAGUUAAUUGCUGUAUGGAUGUGUCUUAUUCUUGUUAAAUGCCUUUUUUUACCUUUAUUAUUUUUUUUUAGGUAUGUAAUGUUUCAUAAAUCCUGGCACUGGUCGCAAAGCUCAGCUGUGAAAAUGAAACGUGUAGUAUUUUUAAAUAUGAAUGUCAAUUUCAAGUGUAUUUGAAAUGGUUCCUCCAGGAGAGAUUUGUACAACCAUUAGGAAAAACUCCUCUGCCACGAGGAAGUAGCCUUGUAAGAAGAUUGUGGAAAGUGGGUCCUGAUAUGUUAUCUCAGUGUAGCCCAUUUCCCAGGGCACCAUGGAAAACACAAAAUGUGAUCUUUAAGUAUACCUCUUCUCCAAUUUGGAGAGGAAAAGACUCAGUUUGCACCCUUUUUGUAUGUAAAAUAAAAUGUCUUUCUUGGCUUUUA